GGGCGUGGCCGCCUCCGCGCGUCCUUAGUGUCUCCUAGCAACUAGAGAGGCCGCGGAGUGCCCGGGGCAGAGGAGGGCUGGCGGUUCCGAGGUGAGCGUGGUGGCCGGGCCGGGGACUGAAGGCCCGGCCCAGCGGAGGCGAAACACCAGCCGGAUCAGAGAAAGGCCCGCGCGCCCUCGGCAGCCCUCCUCACUGGCAGCCGCACCUAUUCUAUCACUGGUCACCGCCACCCUUGUCUCUGGGCUUCUGUGACCUCAUCUGCAAAAACCGGCCCACCUGCCCUGCCCUGCCCUGCCUAGCCCAGCCCACCUCCCGGGAAGAUAAAACCGCCCGAUUGUGACCGAGGUGGGGAAGCCCCAGGAAAAUCUUAGAGCACCUGAGGGACUCACUGGAGGUGUUGUGAUUACGACCCUCGGGGUGGUACUUAACUAGUUAGAAAAAUACACAGCAGCGGUUAAAUUUCUACUAAAUCAGCUAUCUAGCUCGGAGAAGUCUCCUACCUCCUUAAUCACAAUCCCUGCAUUUUCUGAGGGAAGUGGGCCGGGUCUCAUUACUGUUUAAACCCAUCAAAAAAGUUUAUCUAAAGGGCCUAGAUGGAGCUAUUAAUGCCCCCACCUCAGAUUUAUGUAGAAAGAACACUGGCUCUUAUCAAACCAGAUAUUGUGGACAAAGAGGAGGAGAUAGAAGAUAUCAUCCUCAGAUCUGGAUUCACCAUUGUUCAGAGAAGAAAACUACGUUUUAGCCCUGAACAGUGUAGCAACUUUUAUGUGGAACAGUAUGGGAAAAUGUUUUUCCCAAAUUUAACAGCAUACAUGAGUUCGGGUCCACUCGUUGCCAUGAUAUUAGCAAGACAUAAUGCAAUCUCUUACUGGCUGGAUCUUAUGGGACCAUUUAAUAGCUUCAAAGCUAAGGAGACACACCCAGACAGUCUAAGGGCAAUCUAUGGCACAGAUGACCUAAGGAAUGCACUUCAUGGAAGCAAAAAUUUUGCUGCAGCAGAAAGAGAAAUUCGAUUCAUGUUUCCUGAAGUGGUCAUUGAGCCCAUCCCGGUUGGAGAAGCUGCUCAGGAUUACCUGAAUUUGUAUGUAAAUCCCACUCUAUUGGCAGGACUCACAGAGCUUUGCAAGCACAAACCAGCAGAUCCCUUUAUCUGGCUGGCUGAUUGGUUGCUUAAAAAUAAUCCCAACAAACCUAGAUUCUGUCACCAAGAAAUAGUGGAAGAGUCUAAUGUAAAUAAAACAUACUGAAGAACUAAUCAAGAACUAUUCUAUUAUUAUAAAAUUUUUUUAUUCUACUGGCCUUUUGUUAGCAUGAUUCUUAAGUAGAAUAUGGGUGAUAAGGAACUGUGCAUGAAGUUAAUCUUAUUUUAAAAUAAUGGUUUUUAGAAUAUUCUAAGCAGCAAGUAACCUUUGCAAAAGAAUCAAAUCUAGAACUAGUGUUUGAUUUUAACCAUAGGGAAGUAACUUAAUAGAAAUUUAUUUUGUUAUUUAGUGGGAAAAUGACUUGGGAAGGAAUAUCAUUUUUCCAGACACUUGUCCUAUGUACACAUCUCACACAUCCUAGGUACAGGAAGUAAAAUCAUUGCUAUGAUUGAGUAUAAGCAACUAAGCUAGAUCUAAGGCACAGUUCUUAUCACUUAUACAUCAUUAAGGCUCAACCUAAUCCUGGUUGUGUAACCCUCUAGGGCAGAGAUUCUUAACCUAGUGUCCAUAAAGUAUAAAAAAAAAUUGAGGGAAUAACCAUUUCAAUAUAAUUGAUAUCAUUUGCAAUCCUAUGGAUUUUAAUUUUCUUUAAGUCUUAAAAUAUAUGCCAAAUGAAGCUUUUUUGUGAAGAUCUGACAAACAGGAGAAAUCACUGACAGUGAACCAGCUACCAUUCCAGAAGACUCAUGAUGAAGCAUGCUCCUCCACUCCUGACAGAAGUGAUGGACUCAGUACAGACUGCAGCAGCUAUAAUUUUAGGACAUGACCAGGGUGGGAAUUUGUCUUGCUUAACUAUACCUAUUUGU